AUGUAGGAGGAGAUCAUAAUACACAUCAGUAUCAACCCACAGAAAGGAGUUUCAAUUUCGUAGAUAUUAACUGCACUCGGAAUUGAAAAAUCUCAUCUGAAUGGACUAAGUCUUGCAGGUAGAUGCUUUUCCAUGAAUGGCUCAUUCGGAAGGGUUCCAGCCUAUUGAUCACAGAUACUGCAGUGUGAUGCCAGCUCUGGACAAAUUCCCAUGCUUCAGUGUCAUCCCUACUGUCAACCCCUGCUGUAGGAGCUCUUUUGCAGCGCAUCCCACCUGGGUCGCCAAGCCCCCUGCCCUUCAGAGGUGCCAGUGGAUUAACCACUGCCUCCCAUCCCCUGGCCCAGCAUGGAGGAGGCUGAGCAUAUCAGGGAGAUCAGCGGGCUUAGACAGGAAUGUCCCUGUUCUGGUGAGAGGAGAACGUGAUGGAUUUUAUUAUCGUGGUACAGUAAAAGAGGAGAUAGAGAAUGAAAGAGGAGUGUUCCUGGUAGAGUUUGCUGAACCAUUUCGGUCACAUGGAAGGCAUCCAGUCUGCAUGCAAAAAGCAGUGAAGGAUGACAUCCUGGAAUAUACAAAUGGUAUGAAGCACUCCUUACUCCCUGGAGACAAAGUGCUGGCACCUUGGGAACCAGGUAUGGGGAGGUAUGGCCCAGGAACUGUCCUUACUGGCAUUGAGACAAGGGACCCCUUACGAGCCUCAGAAGAUGAAGAAAUUACGGUCCAGUUCUGGAAUGACAAGAAAGUGAAACUCCCUCUAGGUGUAGCUCUGUGGAUCCCUCCUAGCCUGUGUGGGAGAAUUGUAGAGAUGAUCCACAUGCCCUUCACCAGCAGGUUAAAGCCCAGAGAAAGUCCUGACACUAGUUCUUGUAUUUUUUCCUGCAGUCCUAAAACAGCCCUGAUUUCUGUUUGUGCUGUACAUAGUUUUGCUAAGCACAGCUUGCUCUUCUCACCCUGCUGGCCACUUUUCCACUAUCAUUGUGGUUGUAUGUGCUGUUCAUCAGCCUGUGUCAGGUGCAUCUGCUGCUGCCAUCCCUGGUGGCCUCUUCCACCCAGGUCUCUGGUCUUUCAGAGAAAACCUGAAGAGGUAGAGCCCAGCAGCAAAUCCUCUCCACACCUUUUAGAACUGGAAGGUGUGAAACAAGGAGAAUCAGCAGCUGUGGCACCUUCUUCCCCUUCUGAUUCAGAGUGUGAUCUGGAGUCAUUCCCCACUAAGAGUGAUGUUGUGGACAGUGCUGUUAACACAGACUCCAGCCAUCAUGAGAAGCCCAGGUUAGACGAAUCUGCAGGACCGAAGUGGAAAUACUGGAAAAGGAGACAAUGCAAGUCCCAACACAGUAAUUAAGGAGGAAGGUUUUGUGGCAUCAGGAAAGCAAAGAUAUAAAAGAGCGAAAAGGAAGACAGUCUGAUGAUAAACAUAAAACAGCUUGCACAGGAGAGGACAAGCUUGAUGAUACAGACAGAUACAGAAGAGGACAGAGAAAAAAACAGCAAAGAGCUCACUUACAACAAAGCAGAGAGAGAUGUGAUAGAUCAGAAUCCAAUAAAUAAAUAUACAGCUGAUGAAGUUCAAGAGCUGAAAUUUCAGGUAAACUGCUUACACUAUAGCAGUGUUACAUUUAUUGAGCAAAUAAAAGUUCUGAUUUAGGCACUUUCUCUAUAGAAUAUGGAUAACUAUUAUUUUAAUAACUGAAAAAUUAUUUCCACCUACAUGGAAUUUCAGCAUUCUUAUUCUUUACUCUAGGGUUAGGCUCGUGUUAUAUUAAGUCCCUAAUUAUUUGGAUGUGAAAUCUUCACAGUUCUGGAGAGAUCAGGUAAACUACUAUUAGCACUAAAAGCCUGAAUAGAUGCAAAGCAAGAGUCUACUAAACCUCCAAUUUAUCUACAGUCCUCUGGAGAUAGCCAAAAGAAUUCAGCAUAGCAAAUUCUCUUUGUAGGAAGCCAGAAGGAAUAGCGAAACAAUACAAGCUGACAGCCAAAAAUAUUUUUUUUCAGGAUUAAAGCAGAAGAGAAAGUAAAGGAUAUGAAGAUAGAGACAGCAAAAUUCUCAGAGAUUCAGCAUUUAAGCCACAGAAUUUUAUAUUCUCCUCCAAGAUUAACUGAAACUAGUUUACAACUGAAACAGUGUAAACCAUCAGCUACAAAAAGAUAACAGAUCUAUAUAGUUCUAUAUAGAUCUAUAUAAUUCUAUAAUCUAUAUAAUCUAUAAUCUAUAUAAUUCUAAAUCUAUAUAGAUCUAUAUAAUUCUAACUGUGGAAUCUGAUCUUUCGGAGGUCACCCAGUGAGUUGUGUUAGUGGGAUUGUUCAUGUUUAAAGAAUAUGAAUUUGGAGAUAAACUGCAGCAUGCAGGCGCUCAGCAGUACUUUUCCCCUGCAGGAAAUAGGAGACAGUCCAUGUUAUCAUACCUUCUACUGAAAAAGGCAGCUAAGUGAUAUUUAGCCUAGGUAAGAGCCUGGGAAGAGACGGGAUUUGAAGUCUGUCAGUAGUUUCUGCUGGUGAAAGCGUCUGACAUAUAUUCAAGCAUGUUCCUGAGCUGGGGUCCUAGAUAGUCAAUUUCAUUGGCAUUUUAUUUCUUUAUCAGAAAAAUAAAUAUACAGAUGGGGGGGGGGAUCCAUUUUGAGCCAGAUGUGCAG